UGAGGCACAUCUGGGGUUUUUGGUUCACAUGGCAGCAGCAAACUCGACUCCACCUGGUUCUUUGGAUUUAAACCAGCCUGGAUUUUCAAAGGAGAUACUGGGGACUAAAUUGGAGGGCAAAUACCUCUGCUCUGAGUGCAAGAAUAUUCUGAGGAGGCCAUUUCAAGCUCAGUGUGGACACCGCUAUUGUUCUUACUGCCUGAAGAAACUUAUAAGCUCUGGGCCUCAGAAGUGUGCAGCCUGUAUUCAGGAAGGAAUAUAUGAAGAAGGAGUUUCUAUUUUAGAAACAAAUUCGGCUUUCCCAGAUAAUGCAGCUCGUCGGGAGGUGGAAAGUCUGCCGGCUGUCUGUAUUAACGAUGGCUGCCCAUGGACAGGGACUAUUAAAGAAUAUGAGGUGGAAAAUGAAAAACUGCUGGAGCACGAAAGCAAAUGUGUGGGGGAGCAUCUGUAUAUGUUGCUGGGCUUUGUGCUCAGCCUCAAGGCUGAGUCUGGAGACUUAAAGCACCACCCAACCCUUGCGUCAGUGCAGGACAACUCCAUGCUCUUAACAACCAAUUCGCUGUGCUCUGAAUCAGAGCUCUCUGAGUCCUUGGAGCUGCGGGGAAGGUGCGAGGCCCUGGAGAGGAAGACUAUCACAUUUGAGAAUAUUGUGUGUGUGCUGAAUCGGGAAGUGGAAAGAGUGUCUCUGACAGCGGAGGCGUAUAGCCGGCAGCAUCGGCUGGAUCAGGAGAAAAUUGAAAUGCUCAGUAACAAGGUCCGGCAGCUGGAAAGGAGCAUUGGACUGAAAGAUCUGGCCAUGGCUGACAUGGAGCAAAAGAUCCGUGAUAUGGAAGCUUCGACCUAUGAUGGCGUUUUCAUCUGGAAGAUUACAGACUUUGUCAGAAAACGUCAGGAAGCGAUAGCCGGCCGCUGUCCUGCCAUCUUCUCUCCAGCCUUCUACACAAGCAAAUAUGGCUAUAGGAUGUGCCUGCGUGUGUACCUAAAUGGGGACGGCACUGGACGUGGGACCCACUUGUCUCUGUUUUUUGUGGUGAUGAAAGGACCCAACGAUGCGCUUCUGCGAUGGCCCUUCAACCAGAAGGUGACCCUGAUGCUGCUGGAUCAGAAUAACCGGGAGCACAUUAUCGACGCUUUCCGACCCGAUGUGACGUCAACGUCCUUUCAGCGACCCGUCACCGAGAUGAACAUUGCCAGUGGCUGCCCACUCUUCUGCCCAGUCUCCAAGAUGGAGGCCAAGAACUCUUACGUGCGUGACGACGCCAUCUUUAUUAAAGCCAUCGUAGAUCUCACGGGCCUCUAAAGCCUCCUCCCCACCAGGAGCAUUGAGCACAGUGCCAGCCGACCAGGGCUCGCCCUCCCGGUGCUGCACCCUCAGCAUGCCCCAGAGCAGGGGCAAAGUCCAGACCUGGCCCCGUUCUUGAAGGGACCUGCUCCGCUCUGAGUGGAAAUGCAGUGUCUGAUGGGAACCCUCCCUUGGUGUCAAAACACCAGCUUCUCUAGUGCAGAUCUUCCUUGAGAAGAGGCUUGUGUUGAGGUUAGUUGAGUUUGAUCCAUGAUCAAUGGGGACUGGAUGAUCCCCUGCAGGAAUCAGCUACCAGGGCUCCCUGCACCCAGGUUUCAAGCUAAAACGAAGGCAGCUCUUUUGUACUUGUUUAACGUACAGCUCCUACAAUGGAACAGGCAUUCAGCCUGCCCAGAGCACCACUGCACAUAGCCCUUUGGCCAGGCUCUUUCGUUCUCUUAGGAGAUCUCAGUGUUAGAGGGAGCUGGUUUCUCUCUGGUGUUUUUGCUUAAAGGUUCUGUAAUUCUGUAUUGCUGGUUGGUUUGAUCUUUGACAUGAGGGAAGACGUGGACUAGGAGCAGGCAGAGGAGGUGUGUGGGCUUUGCACGGAAGAGAUAGUUGUUAGCUCUCAGUGAGAGGGAAGCAGUUUAGCACAGUCUCACUGGCCUCUCUUUGGCAGCCAUAGCUGCAGAGGCACUUUGAGUGGGGCCGUAUGUCCGUAGGGCAAGAGGGAGCUGUUCCCAGUGUCCAUGUCAAAGAAGACCCAAACCCCUGCCUGCGUUUUAUCUGUAAGUGAUCUGAUGGGAGGGGAAGUGGAGAGUAAGGGAGGACAGCACCUGAGGAAUAUUUUCCUCCUUUCUGUCAGUGUGGGUCUCCUAUAGAACCUACUGCUCCAGGUGCCUUUGGCAUAGCUUGUGUUUUUAAUGACCAAACAGAUGAGUAUUGUAACUCUCUGGAGCGGGUCCUGACCUAGACUGAGAGGUGCCUUGGAAUCUAAUUUGUUGCCUGUUAAUGGUUAACUCCUGGAGCUGGGCUUAGGGCAGGCCAGCCUUGCUCCCCCAUGUGUGAGCUGGUUAGCACCCCAGGAAUGAGGGUUUAGCCAAGGGGGGAAGCUCAUUAGCACCUUUCCUCACCACUCUCAUCCUGGCUUUUAGCACAUCUCUUCAUUUGCCUUUGCAGGCAGGCCCCUUCUGGUGUUCCCUCGCCUGGAGUUGUUGGUCCCCCACCGAGUGUCCUCCCGCAGGUGGCAGCUAAUCUUGGGCUCUUCGCUCUGUCAAGGGGGUUUAGUUGUUUACAAGGCUGGGGGUCUAACAGCCUCACCAGAAGUGUGGCCCCGAUUGCUGCGUGGCCAGCUUAGUGUGCUCUCGCCAGCCAGCCAGUCUGCAGCUGCGUGGUUAGAAACUGUCUGAGGGCUUUCCCUGUGUACUCUUCCCUCCCGGGGCUCCUUGCACUCUGGCCCCCGUUUGCUGCCCCUUUGUCUUUCUAUUUCGUGGAGAAUGGGUCCCUCAGUGUGUUGCCAUUGUGGCUAACUGGCCCCUCAGAGUUACUCUGUGGUGGGCACCUGUAACUCUGGAGUGGCCAUUAGCCACUUUGGAGCCUUAUUCUUUGUGGUUUUCUGUCUCCUCUCCCCAGGGGUCCUGUUCAGUACAUCAGUACAAACCUUCAGGUUCUCUUUGGCCAAAGCACCCAGCUAGCUGCUUUUUGAACCAUCCUUCAGGGGUUGUCCCAGCCCUGUCCAACUCCUCCCCUGCUCUUCUGACCUGGAGGACAGGCAAAGAGGCUGGCCCUGCUGCCCACGCCAGAGGUGCUCCCGGUGGUUGGCUCGAGCCAACAGCCCCACUUCCAGUUAGCAUCAGUGAUCCACUGCUUGUGUGCAGGGGAAGGAAUUCUCUGUGGAACGAUCACCAGUUAGCAAACGCAAGGGAAUCCAGGAUUGUGAAAUUGUGGCCCUCUCCGUGGAGGAAGGCCAUAGCCCCUCUGUUGUGUCCUCUAAAGAGAGAGAUUGUAUGUUCCCCACCUGGGCUCAGGCCCAGGGGCGUCUGAAGAGCUGAGGCACUUCUGCCUUCACACUGUCCUAGCUAGGACCAGUGACAGGCUGUCCCCCCACUGGAGCCUAGGCAGUGGCCUGCUUCAGUCCACUUGGCCCCCUACUCCGCCCAGCCCUUCCGCACACCUCAGCUGGGGUCAGAAAUCUGUCAGUGGAGAUGAGUUUUGAUUCCAGGCUAGGGUGACCGGAAGCUUCUGCCAGGACUAAAGGGGUGCGUAUGGGCUCGUACCCACAGCAAAGUAAGCCAGCGGGGGUCUCCAGUACUGCACUGCUCCCCAGCUGAGCCGUUAUUUACGUGUAUCUCGUUUCUGGGCCAGGAGCGGUGGCUGGUUCUCUAUCUGUGUGCAGAACUCCCCAUCCAAAGAGGGGCCAAUAAACAGAUGUAAAACAGCCGCCCCAUGGGAGCCAAAGGGAAUUAAAUCAGCUCAGUUUAAAGACCGACAUCUAGAUCCUGGAGGGUCACUGGAGCAGGUGGGGGUCUGUGUAGGGUCUGGACAGUACUCCACAGCAAGCUGUCUGAGUGUCUCUGCUCUCCAAGCCCUGCACAGACGCCACCCACCGUUCCCUGCCCCGAGGCAGCGCUGCUGCAUGCCCAGUGGCAACAGGCCUGGGGGCUGUUCCGUUUCAGAACGCUGGGUCCAGAUGGGGCCCAAUCCCUCAGGAACAGCCUGUUCCCCGUGACGCCAGGAGCCUGUUUUCUGUUAUGUGCACUCUCCAGCUCCCCGUGGCAGUGACUCUCCUGAGCCUUUGGGCGCUUGCUAAGAGAGGUUUCCCUACGUUGUCUGAGAAACGAGAGACUACACGUUCCUGUAGGCUGAGCAGCUGAUUGGCUGUGCGCCGGGGCCAGCCUGACUCUUGGUACUACCGUGCUCGAGCCCUGGGAGGAUCCACCGACAAGGCGUGGCGGAGUUAAACUGCUGCAGCAGAAGGCAGGGGGAGGUGAGCUCUCCCCUGGUUUGGGAAGUACUAGCUUUGUCUUCAGUGACCGGGGCUGGCUCUUUGAGAAACGUCACUGUCACUGCUAGGCUUGUCCCUCCACAGCAGCUGCCUUUGGGGGGUUGAGCAGUCAGGCAGUAAGGGGACCUGGGCCCCAAAAGCUAUCAAAGGUCUAAAGCCCUAGCAGGGACCCUCAGAGGUUUGAAAGGCAUCUCUGGCACCUACUGUACAUUGGCAUCUGCUGUGGGUUCUGUCCAAAAUUCAGUCUGGUGGCUGGGGUGGAACCCAAAGCCAGCUCCCUAUAGUGCUUGUGGCAGGAGAGCAAGGUGCUGUGCUGGAGCUGGCUGGCUCUCCUUCCCUGUGGAGAGGUGUUGGGAUGAGUUUUUAGCCAAGGUUCGAAGCCUACCCAGGAUGGCUGGGACGGGCUGCAGGAGCAGCCCUGUUACACAUCAUGCCACGCAUCGAGGGCUCACCAGCAUGCUGGGGACUUCACAGACACGGGCUGGGCCCCUGCCCGCAGGAGCUGCUGUCCUAAACAGGGAGGGAAGAGGGCUCCAACGAGGAGCAGCAUCCAGAUUCCCCCGCUGUUUUGCGCUGUGGCAAUAGCGGUCUGUUGUGCAGCAAGAUGGCCUCUGGCGGCUGCUGGGUCUUGGUAGACCACAUUUUGUGCAGUGUGGUGGCUCCAGCAAGCGAUUCCGCCCUGCUGUGGAUGCUGUUAGUGGAGGCCCCGUUGAUCCCGGUGUGACACACAAGGUCUUGGGGGAUGCUCGCGUUGGCACUGCUGCACCUUCCCUUGUAGUAUAAAUUCACCCGACAUCCAAAAAGCCUGCACUGGCUUCCUGCUAGAGCCCCAGUGUUCUCAUGCUGGAGAAGGGCCCCCCAGUUCUAUCCAGGCUGUAAUAUUGACCAGAGGAGCCCAGCUCUGGCACAGAAGGAACCACCUGUUAUAGCCAUCUCAUGGGAGAGAGUCCUCUCUGCAUGAGCAAGCCUGUUCCAGCUGAGUGGAUGGGGAGAGAAGGGGCCUUAGGUUCUGAGGAAGUCACUUGAAAGACUUGCUGCUUUUCAUGUUGCUCUCCCCAGGGCUGUUAGUCCCCCGCAUCACUUACCAGCUGUGCUAAGGUUGAAGGCUUUUCCAUGCCGGACCUUCCCCCCCCCCCCCCCCCCCCCCACACAAUUAUUUCCCUGCAGCUUACUCCCUCCCUUCAAUUACCUUCAGUGAAAUUGAUUGGCUGCCCCCUGCUGGUGGCUAUGAUGCAUUCAGCUGCAGCAGGGUCUGUGUCCACAGAUUCCCAGUGUGAGAGGCUAAAUGCCACCUGUGCCAUACAGCACCCACUUUGUGAAAAGGUGGGGGCUGGAAAGUCUGGAGGCGUGGCUGUUCCUUCCCCGGUGCUGCUGUUCAGUGGAUGUAAAGUAUGCAUGGACGAGGCAGGUGGAACGGAGCGAAGGCUUGUGCUGCAGCUACUGCCGUGGUAGUUUUGUGCAUGGAUGCACUGAACUGCCAGCUUAAAACGUGCUCUGUGUGUAUGUCACUGAGCCAGCUGUGAAUACCUGCGAUCCUAGUCUCAUACAACCUCCCCGAGUCCAGUCGGUAAUGGGAUAGUUGUAUUACAGCUCCAGCUGUCUGUUUCACACCACUGCCUUGACGGACACUAGCAACUCUGCCUGGCCAGCACCAUAUUGGGAUUUACAGGAGUCUUUUGCUAAGCCAUGCAGGGGAGGAUUCUUGUAAAAUUCAAGCCUCUUUACCCACAAGGCUGUGAGGGAAAGAAGCCUUAGGCCAGUACACCAGUCACAGGGGAGAGGAAUCAGUGCGGAGGGUUGGUUGUGGUAGGGUUGCUCAGGAGCAAAAUUCAAAAGCAAACAAAUCAUGUCUAUGGCUAAUCAAACAGAAGUGUAGUAGGUCAGGCUCCUGCGUGAGGGGCUCAGGUGCUGAGCUCCUGCAGUGGGAGCCUACGGCUCUGCAAACAGGCCACGUGCAGGCAGCCAGUGUAUGGCCGAGGGUGAGGAGGUGGCCUUAUGAUGAAGGAACAAGUUUGGUGAGAGGGGCUGUAUAAGUUGAACUGCACUAGCCCUACUAGCCAGAGCGGGUGCUCUGACCGGGGAUGCGAACACAGCUCUUUGCAGCUCACACGACUUUCCAGUGGACAGCAGCAAUGUGAAGGGCGAGCAGAAAUGGGGCCUGGCAGUCAGGUUGCCCAACACUUCCAUUUUUUUUAUACAUACGUAUCCAGCUGAGGCUCCAGGUUCAUUAUCAUUAUUUGACAUUGGUGAGGCCUCAUCUGGAAUACUGUGUCCAGUUUUGGGCCCCACACUACAAGAAGGAUGU